AUGGAUAACGAAUGUCCCAUAUGCCUCGAUGUAAUCACCCCGUUAAGCGAAAAGAAGCUGUUAGUGUCGAAAGUAUGCGAUCAUAAAAUAUGUGAUGUAUGCGCGGAACAACAGCUGUCAUCGCAACUUGGCCAUGCGCAGUGCGCAAUAUGCCGAUGCCAUAUCACCAGGGAAUCUUUUGCGCCCUUCGACAUGUCUCAAAUCCCCUACAAUAUUCUCAAGGAUGCGCAUAAAAGGGUCUUGCAAGUAUACAAUGAUACCAGGGCCAACUUUAAGGACACACCAGAGUAUGACAAGUUCCUCGAGGAGCGAGAGACUUUAAUCAAUAACUUAGCUGCGGGUAAAAACGACCCACGGUGGGACCUAGCAGAUGCCGAACUCAAGAAUUACGAACGACAAAAUGCUGGACGUAUCACAGAAAAUAUCGCAUUACAGCACGAUGAACUACGUAAACGUGUAAAACGUGUUGUGGAGACUGAACAAACGUUCUACGAAAUGGUAGAAAAAGGAGCACCAUUUAAUCUCUGGAAGGUAGAAGAGCUAGUCCAUACUCUACAAAGGACACAUGCUUCGUUCUUCUCUGAAGAAAAGGAGGUAGUCUCCUCUGUUGGAGAGUGUAAACCACUCAACGCGGCAAUACGUAACGACACUGAUAUCCCUAGGCGUACGUUGACAUCCAGAGAUAAAGUGCUGGAAUGUGACAUCUCUGGAGGCUACGACUCUAAACUAGUUAACCAUAGAUGUGAGAUCCAAGUGGAUCUCUUGUUGUUCUGGAACUUGGUAUAG